CACACACACACCCUCUUUCAGAGGAUUGAACUAGGGACGGCAGGCUGGGUUGCUGGGAUCCUUUGAGCUCUCUACUGGCGGCCAGGAUGAACAGAGAGCAGGCAGCUGUGGAGCUGCCAGACCAACUCUCAGAGACGGAGAGGGGGCUGGUCCAAGAGUCCUGGAGCAAAGUCUACCAGCACUGUGAGGACGCGGGGGUGGCCAUACUAGUCAGACUCUUCCAGAACUACCCAGACUCCAAGCAGUACUUCCCCCAGUUUCAGCACAUGCAGGAGGCUGGUGCGUUGCAGACAAGCGCCCUGCUGAGGAGGCACGCUCGGAGGGUUAUGAGUGCCAUCAACACCCUGGUGGAGAACAUCCAUAAUGGAGACAAGAUGGCAUCAGUGCUGCUGCUGGUGGGCAGGUCUCAUGCACUCAAACACAAGGUGGAGCCUGUGUACUUCAAGUAUCUAAACAGUGUAAUCUUGGAGGUUCUGGGGGAGGAGUAUCCUGAUUACAUCACACCAGAGGUGGGUGGGGCCUGGACCAAGCUGCUGGCAUCCAUCUACUGGCAUGUGACGUGUGUGUAUGAGGAGCUGGCUGGAGGUGUGUGACAUGCGUGUGGGAGGAGCACAUAAAGAUACUAGAAACAAGACUGCUUCCCUAACCUUAACACUGCCAAGCUAUUAAUCCUGGAUGAACCAAGUCUGGCUGGAAUAACUACAUUAUGAUACUCAAUUCUGGUCUGUCUUUCUCCUGGCCAUGACAACCCUGGCCUCUCUCUCUCUCCUGGCCAUAACAACCCUGGUCUCU